AUGCCAUUCAUCCGAGAUCAAACUAUCCACUCUCGGCUCCAUCAAUGGUUCUCUACUGCUAAUCGAUCCUCGCCUUGGCUAUUUAUUUGGGGUAUUGCUCCCUCCUUCAUCAUCUGGGAGCUUUGGCUAGGGAGGCAUACGGCUAGAUUUGAGAACAACCCGUUCAGUCCAGGCCCUACUAUUCAGAAAGUUGCGAGAUGGCUGCGGGACAUAGGUUCUCUCUUACCCAACUCCGGUUCCUCGUCCCUCCUCAGGAAUUCCAUCAUGCAAGCUUUUGGGCUGGACUCUCCCUCUAACUCCACCAGCGAUAGAGUGCGAAUCAUCUCUUGGGCUAAGCCGCCUCCGAGUUGGCUCAAGCUCAAUGUCGACGGUUCGGCAAGGGGUAAUCUAGGGAUCGGUGGAGGUGGUGGUGUUUGUAGAGACCAUCAGGGAUGCAUUAUCUUCGUGUUCCACAACUUCUAUGGUCAGGUGUCCAAUACUGUUGCCGAAGCCCAAGCAAUGGCAGAUGGCCUUCAAUUAUGUAGGGACAUGGGGCUCUCCAACAUCAUUGCGGAGACUGAUUCCCAAGCGAUUUUCGAUGCGAUUCGAAACCCCAGGUCAUCAUACCAUUGGAAAGUUUGGUAUAAUCUGGGUAAGAUUCUGCAGCUUGUUUAG